AUGGAGGCCGCGUCUGCAAGAAUGGCAGCGCGUGAGCGCUAUGGCGCAUUCGGCGAGGCACCCACUUCGCAGCUACAGCGCUUCAUAUGUACGAUCACCGCAUGCGAUCCUCAGAACUUCGAACCAAACCUGGCCUUGAAUCUCGAAAUUACCGACUUGAUCAACAGCAAGAAGGGCUCAGCGCCGCGAGAAGCAGCAGUGGCAAUAGUCAACUACGUCAACCACCGAAACCAGAACGUGGCCCUCCUCGCACUCAAUCUUCUCGAUAUCUGUGUGAAAAACUGCGGAUAUGCCUUCCACCUCCAGAUUAGCACCAAGGAGUUUCUCAACGAGCUCGUCCGCCGAUUUCCAGAGCGCCCGCCGGUGCAUGCGUCUCGCGUGCAGACGCGCAUCCUCGAGUUGAUCGAAGAAUGGCGCCAAACGAUAUGCCAGACGUCGCGCUACAAGGACGACUUGGGCUUCAUAAGGGACAUGCAUCGGUUGCUGAGCUACAAAGGCUACAUGUUCCCCGAGGUUCGGAAGGAAGACGCAGCUGUACUGAAUCCGAGUGAUAACUUGCGUUCGGCAGAAGAGAUGGAGGAAGAGGAGCGAGAAGCGCAGUCGGCAAAACUGCAGGAACUCAUCCGCCGGGGUGGCCCCAAGGACCUACAAGAAGCGAACAAGCUCAUGAAAGUUAUGGCGGGGUACGACACAAGGAACAAGACAGACUGGCGCGCCAAAGCUGCAGAGGAAGUUGGCCGAAUCCAGCAGAAGGCACGCAUACUCGAGGAGAUGCUGCAGGGUUACAAGCAGGGCGACCAGAUAAAGGAGGGCGACGUCUUCGAGGUCGGCGAGUUCCCCCAUUUGACACAAGGCCAAAUAGCUGACAACUGGUAG